GCUUGUUCCGGCUUGCCCCUUUACAUCUUUUUUAUCCUUGCUCAACACAUUAAAAUAGUGCCCCUCUCCGCUCCGGUGACAGUCGGCGUUGAACAUUUUUUCACCGAUCGCAGGGUGAAUAUUUGCGCUCCUGCAGACUGUGCAGGAUGCGUAACCGUGCAGCGGCUCUGUCCCUGUGCAGCCGGAGGUUCAGUCUGAGGCGCAGUUCAGGCUCCAUCACCGGCGGAGCGAUACCACCAUCUCCCCUCAGCCCCGGUUUGUCAAACUGAGGGUGUGUGGCUCACUGUACCUGAGCGGACUAGUCCGUCACGUACUGUCGGAAAGGGGGACACACCAUCGAAAAUCGGACCAAAGGACCAGUCUCUUCUGCUGUGAAAUGCAGUGCCAUGUCGCUUUCGCAUCUCUGAUUUUGUCCAUGGACUGGUUGCUGCGGUUGUUUUGCAACUGAUGUCGAUUUUUUGUUUGUUAUUUUGAUGCGCUCGUGUGGAUGCCUGUGAAUAUGUUUAUUCUGGUGCUCUAGUGCGUAAGACUCUGUUGGCACUGGCUGGUUGUCAGACCUCGGUGACAUGUAUACACCCUGAGCUCCGUGUGGCCUCUCUCGGUGGUGUGGUGGCAGGAUGCCCGUGCAGGCGGCCCAGUGGACAGAGUUCCUGUCCUGUCCCAUCUGCUACAAUGAGUUCGACAGCAGUGGCCACCAGCCCAUCAGCCUGGGCUGCUCCCAUACGGUGUGUAAGACCUGUUUACAUAAACUGCACCGCAAAGCCUGCCCGUUUGAUCAGACGCCCAUCAGCACUGAUAUCGACCUGCUGCCGGUCAACUGUGCCCUGCUGCAGCUGGUGGGAGCUCAGGUGCCAGAUGUGCAGCCCGUAAGUCUAACCGGCACUGCAGAGAUCGAGCACUACGAGGUCUGCAGGGUGUGUGUGGAAGAGCUGGCCCUCUACCUAAAACCUAUCACUGGAGCUAAAGGGGUGGUGAACCUGAGUCCUAGUGUGCUCAGUCGUCCCAUGCAGAGGAAGCUGGUGACUUUGGUGAACUGUCAGCUGGUGGAGGAGGAGGGCCGUGUACGGGCGGUGAGGGCAGGGCGGUCCCUGGGAGAACGGACCGUAACGGAGCUCAUCCUGCAGCACCAGAACCCCCAGCAGCUCUCCGCCAACCUGUGGGCAGCAGUGAGGGCACGGGGAUGCCAAUUUCUGGGACCUGCUAUGCAAGAAGAUGCACUGAAGCUGGUUUUACUUGCUCUGGAGGAUGGGUCUGCUCUGUCCAGGAAGGUGUUGGUGUUGUUUGUUGUGCAGAAGCUGGAGGCUCGGUUCCAGGCCUCUAAAACCAGCAUAGGCCACGUGGUGCAGCUGCUCUACAGGGCUUCUUGUUUCAAGGUGACUAAGCGUGAUGAAGACUCCUCGCUGAUGCAGCUGAAGGAAGAGUUUCGUACAUACGAGGCUCUCAGGAGGGAACAUGACGCUCAGAUUGUCCACAUUGCCAUGGAAGCAGGCCUACGGAUUUCACCUGAGCAGUGGUCCUCUCUGCUGUACGGAGACCUGGUCCACAAGUCACAUAUGCAGUCCAUCAUUGACAAGUUACAAUCUCCAGAGUCUUUUGCAAAGAGCGUGCAGGAGUUGACAAUUGUUCUACAGAGGACUGGAGACCCUGCAAACCUCACAAGCCUUAGACCACACUUAGAACUACUGGCAAACAUAGACCACAACCCAGAUGCUCCAACGCCAUCAUGGGAGGAGCUGGAGAGUGUGAUGUUGGCUGUGAAGCUGGUGGUUCAUGGACUGGUGGAAUUUAUACAGAAUUUUAGUAAGAAGAGCCAUGACACUCCACAGCCUCAGGCCAACAGCAAGUAUAAGACCAGCAUGUGUAGAGAUCUCCGUCAGCAGGGAGGCUGCCCCCGAGGAACCAACUGCACAUUCGCACACACACAGGAUGAGCUAGAGAAAUUCAGACUGAGGAACAAGAAGAGCAGCAGUGUGGGCCGUUCCUUCCCUUUACCGCAGGGGGUUAUGGGUAAAACUUUCACCAUCGAGGGCAGCAUCCAUACAGACGUGUCAGCAGGAGUGGGUCAGAGGCUCAAAGGCUCGGGAGAGAGUACAGCGACUCUGACAGAAGGAGUGACCAGCUUGACUCACCCUCAGCUCAUCUCCAGAGGGCCUGACAUGAUGGACGAAAUGAAACGAACAGUGCCAAAUGGAUCCAACGGGGCUAAUGGGUCCAAUGGGCUAUCUGGCACCAACAGAGCAUCAUCUGGGUCAACAGAGCAGAAGACCAUCUCCCCUCCCAGAACCCCGGUAAGCCACUCCUCUGCAUCAUCUCCAUUGUCCACAGUUGGACGGAGUGAUGGUAGCGCUUCGAUGCCCAAACAUGGUCCGUUCUUGCCACGUGCACCACAUCCUUCUCAGGUAUCUGAGCUGUACUACCAGGAGCCCCAUUCAGCGUAUGAUACAGCCCAGUUUCAGCCAGCCUCAGGUUCCUACUACCCAUCUACCCUCCAUCCGCCUCAUAAACCCUGCAUGGCUCGGUUCCUCCGAUCCUCAAAUGUCCCAGAAUCCUCUUUGCCACCUUCUGUUGGCCCUUCACCAUCGUCCUACCCCAGCGAUCAGACACCACACCCACCCUCUUCUUCCUCCUCGGGGUACCCACCGCACCCACUUAGAGACCGAAUGGGACCCCCCGCCUUCCACCCCCACCCGGGGCAGCCUCAGUAUGGGCCUCUGGCUCCUGCUCAUGGUGUUUACGCUCCCCUCUACGACAGCAGGAGAGUAUGGAGGCCUCAGCUGUACCACAGAGAGGAUGCCAGGAGUAAUUCGCUGCCUCCAGAGGUGCUGCAUUCCUCAGUCUACCAGCCUCCACUCAGGGAGAGAUUCAACUCUUUAGACAGCAACUACUGCUCUGGGGCCGAACAUCGUGCAGGGCUACACAGGGACUAUGGUCGUGUUCCUCUGGGCUAUGAGGAUCUGUUCAGAAGAAAACAGGAGCAGUGGGCUCAUCAUCAUCACCAUCACAAUGCCAGCAGGCCCUCCCAGUCCUCCCCCAUCUUCACCAUCGAUUUUGGAACAGAGCAUGUGGACAGCAGUGGAGGCCAGUGCAUGGGUUGCCGCUUCAGAGGUGAAGAAAGUCUGGCCCAUUACUCUCCGUGGUCCUGUGGUACCAUUGGCCCCUGCCUCAGCACCUUUGAGCCGGAAACACUCACCCACACCUCGGCUCACUCCUGCUCAGAGCACUCGGAGUUGGACAGUAAUGGAGGUGGUGGCGCUGUUAGCGGUGGUGGUGUAGGGAAGCGGUGGCUGCAUUCGUUAGAUCACUACCGCCGACUCAAAGAUGAGGAUCCAAUCAUUCCCUUUAGUGAGGGACCCAUUAUAUCCAAGUGGGGCGCCAUAUCCAGGGCAUCUCGCACAGGCUAUCACACCACUGACCCUGUCCAAGCCACAGCCUGCCAGAGCAGCGCCAGCACCACACCCAUCAACUUUAAAGACUAUAACCCACGCUUGGAUCACAGCGACUAUAGGUGGAGCUCCAGAGGAUCUGACUCUUCCAGUCACUCCAGUUUCCUAGACAGUGAGCAGCUUUGUGCAACUGAUCUGCACGGCCGCCGAACUUCAGUUAGCAGUGGAGAGAAAAUUGGAUCUGAUCUGCAAACCCAUCAGACCACUUACAAUCAGGAACGGGUCUGUGCCCGGGCCGAGAGUGAACCAGAACCAGAUAGGGAUAUUGAGCUUGAACUGUGUGCUCUGGACAUGGAGGAUUCAGACCACCAGGAGAUCAAGUCUCAGGAGUCUUUAGACUUGACCUCCCCACAGUCUCAGGAUGCUUCCCACCUCCUCCCGCCGUCGUGCUCUUCCCCACUCCUCUCAUCCCCUGCAGAGGAACAUCCACAAACAGAGGGCCCUUUGCCAGAGAAGAUGGAUUCUCACCUCCUAAAGAAGAUGGCCUUCAGGAAGUCUCUAUCUCCUGGGGGGCUGGUCUCUGGAGGUCUGGGAGUGGGCAAGCUGGUGCUGCGAACUGGACCUCCUCGGCUCGGGGAUGUUUCCAACCGGGCUUGUCCUGAAACACCAGGAACAGAGAUGCUGCUCAAUGGAACCUAAAAAGACACAAAGUCAGACACUGACCUGCACCAAGCUAGAGCUGAAUCGCUAGCCCUAAACCAACCAGAUCCUGGUUUUAUCCUGGGAAUAAUGUUUAAUUCCAGCUUUUAUACAAUUAUGUCAAUCAUAUGCCUAAAUGAAAGUUAUCAGAUGUGUCAACGUGUAGUCACAAGGGGCAAGAGAAAACACACUGCACUGCCUUUUAAAUGGUGACUUUCACCAACAUUCAGCUCAAUAGUGAAUUUGUACAUAUUGCUGUUUACACCCAUUGAGGUACAUAAGCAGUUUGUCUAUAGAUGUUCAAUUGAUGACUGGGUUGCAGUUCUAUUCUGCAGACAUCACACCAACUGUAAGGUUCAAGGUUCAAUACUUUUAGCUUUAAAAAGCAUAUAAAUUAUUUUCCCACAUACUUGUUUGCUCCCAAUAGCUGCAAAUUUAGAAUAAUAUUUUCUACAAUAAAUCAUCCAACACAUUUAAUAUUGUGACGAUAAUUUAUUUAUAGCUUGUGCCUUGAAAGUAGUUUGUUUCCUUCACAGUAGGCACUAAUAUAAUGAAAUCCCAAAUGUCUAAACUGUAAUCUAAACACAGGCAUUAUUUAUAUGUAUCAUUUUUCUAUGUAAUUUGAGUGGGUUUUUUUAUGCUUUUCAUAAACUUACUUUUUGAAGCGUUCAUUUUUUGCAUAGCUACUAGUCACUGAUUUAUCUUUUUCCAUGCAUUACAAGAAGUCACAUUGUAUAGGUUUGCCUUGAAUAUCAAGAAGCAGAUUUACUAAUGCAGAUAACUAAAAUAAGUAGGGUGAUAUCAGCCUUUCCAAUCCCCUGAGAAAAUGAAAAAACCCGGAAAACAGAGGUCUUCACUAUGCUGAUAGAGAAAUGAGCCUCUGUAUUUUAUGAGUCAUAUGAUCUUUUAACUCUGACCUCUGAAUUCCCUCAACAGUCAUAGGAUCACAGAACACAGUGACACAGUCAUGCACUGGAUUUUUAAGUUAUCACUUGGAGACACUUUAGGGCUCAGUCAUGAUGAGUAAUAAAGAUUUUUAACGUGUCCGUGUUGUAUCACCUUUAACAAAUGUCCUCUACUUUUAAUCAUACUGUCAAAGAAUUACUUAUGAGCAGCACUUUUUGAAAUAUUUUGGACAUGAAGCUAGUUCAUAAUUUUUUUUCAUUUAAUCCUGCUGAUUGUAGUUGGGGAAAGUCUCACUGCUUACACACACACACAUAUUAAAUAUUUGCCUAGACUGUCGGCCACAUACACAGACACACAUGAUACAGUGGCCUUUCUCUUAUUGUUGUGCAAAGCUAAAUAUUGGGCUCCUCCCCUGUAACUUUUGUCCCUGCUCAUUGACAGACUCUAAAAUGUCUGCCACAUAAAUAUGGUCUUUGAACACUGAAUCACAUUUUUAAAACCCUGACAUUUCUGUGCUUCUGAGUCCACUCACAUAGACAGUAUUCAUAUGUCACGUGUAACGAUUCGAGCCAAGGCCUACAAAAGUGAGUGACACCACCUCUUAUGUUUCUUCAUGCUGUGUCUUUUCUUUAACUUUUGUAAAUGUUUGUUUUAUUUUAUGCAUUGCUAACUUCUGUGAAGUUGUUUGUCAGGGUAUUUUGUAUCAGGAUCUUUGUUACUCCUGUUGGAUUCUAUUUUACAUCAUAGAGAUGAAACUCAUUAUCUUGUCUAAUCUUAAUCUGUGUUUGCUGACCAUUAGAUGCACUGUUUUCAGUAUGCUAUGAUCCACCAAAAAUUUGAGUUCACUGUAAUUUUAUGCUGUAUGGGUGAUUUUACCUACUGUCCAACCACGCCUCAUUCGUUUUUAUAAAUAUGGGAACUCUUGUCAUAUAUGUCUUAGUCUUAAUGACUUUAACAAAUGGCAUAAAAACAUUUGCCCAAUUUAGACAUUGUCACGAAGAUUCAUCUGAGUUUGUUUACAUCCAUCCUAAAUCCUGAGAUUUGUGUGGAAUGAAAAGGGAAGGGAAAAUUUAUGCUUAAAACUCCCUCUCUAAAGUCUUUUCACCUCUGCUGAUGUACCUUUUCAAGGAUUUUCUGAAUGCCAAGCAGUAAUGUCUUUCCUCAGAAUAUAAUUUAAAUCCCAUUUUUGAGGAUGACAGAAUGGCUGUACAUUUAAAGAAUGAUAUUUCAGAAACUGAAAUUGAAUUAUUACAAACUAAUGGACUGAUGACCUUUUUGGCCUUUUUCAACUUUUAUUUUCUGGUUAAUAUGCUAUAAUAUGUUGGGAUAAAUGAGUUGGCAUUUAGAAUUCCAUAUAAAACUAAGUUGAGUCAUUUAAUAUACAAUUCAUUGUGACUUGAUAUAAUGACACCUUUUUUUGGAAAACUCUCCAGUUGUGGGAUGGACUUGUAAAAGCAGGCUUUUUUGAGCUGCGGUCAUGAGUUUAGCUUGGCUCCCUGCUCUGCAUCUGUUUACAACUUCACCUUUGAAGUCAUGUAACGUUAAGUGCCAUGUCGUGUACAGUAUGACACAGUACAAUCAGUCCCUGCUACGUUUCUAUAGCUUUUCAUAUCCCUCAGCUAUAAACUCUGCGAGGAGGGGAAGGCUCGGUUAAUUUGAGGCUACUUCUCUUGUAGUUCUGCUUUUUUCCAUUAGAGGAGGCUAGAUCCUUGUCUGUCUUAAUCGCUCAGGGAAGACCUAAGUUGCUCUGCUACUUUGGCUUUUUCUAUCUUCACCACUUAGACUAUUUCUGUAGAAGUAUUUACCUGAAUGACACUUAACUGACCCUUUCACCUAAACCAUAAAUGGGUUAAAGUGAUGUACUGAUUAUAUUGUUUGACUGUGUUUACUUUUCCAGUGUUUUCUUUUGCCUCUCAGUAUCAAUAUUGGCUUAGCUAUUCCUGUUCUCAUGGGAAAGGGCUGGGCACUACUUUAUGUGAUAACAAUAUCGUGAGUAUUGAACUUAUGUCAAAGUGAUACUCCCUGUUUCCUUUCAAGUGUCUAUGGAGCACUGCUGUAGUGGCUAAUUGCACUGCACUAAUUCCCACCCCAUCACUGCCAGAGGGUCUCAUGCACUCUGCCAGUGAGUGCCCCCACUUUCCUUCCCCUCUACCCACAAUCCCCUCUUCCCUGCUGCAUCCUGUGUCAUGCAUGCGAUAUAGUCCCUCUUGUGAUGGCGGAGGAGUAAUGAUGAUUCUGUAGUUGUGAUACAACACACCCAGCGCUGUAAGAGUUCUGCACAUGCCCACUGUGUGGCCGCGUCAAAUGCUGAAGUUUGCCUGCAGCAUUAUAAUUGUUUGCUCAUGAAAAUGAAUUAUUGGUUAAUAGAAAUUAUAUUAUUCUUACUAUUAAUGCUACUACCACAUUUGUUUGUGUUGUGGUAUUUUUCUUCUUGAUAUAAUCUAAGUCUACAUCUUUGUUUUGAAUUUCAGAAUUUGCUGAUGUUGAAUUUUUUAUUAGACAAGAAGUGUUUCAUUAUUCUAUAUUAUAUGGAAAAAAGCCUGUUUGUUGAUUGUGAAAUAUGACUAAACCAAUGUUUUCUGACUAUUCAUGUCUGUAUUAGACAUUUUAUUUGCAAAUCUAUUGUUCGAUUGAAAUGUAAAUGAACUAUUAAGAGAUGGUACACAUCCGUCAUUGUAUACAGUCUGGCACCAUCAUUAGAUGGACUUAUAGUAUAGACGAUCAUUUAUACAACCUGUGAUAAUCAGAUAUAUUUACAUGUUUAAAACAGUGGGGCAGUUGUGUAAUGUUUCAGAAUGAGGAAAAUAAAAUCCUUUAGAGACAGAAUACCUUAAAAUGUCCCCAUAAUGAAUAAUACUGUUACGUAUUCCAUUUAUUUCCUCGGAAAUAUCACAUUGUGAAAGGUUUCCCUUUUACUUACUGUAUGGUAAUGCAGGACUGGAGUUGGAUGAUUUAUGUGCUAUUAAUAAUUGAUGAAACUGUUUCCAUAUUGUUUGACUGAUUGAUUCUUCUGUGCAUUUUCUGGCUCAUUUACCUGUGUUAAACUGACUUACAGACAGCUUGGCUGAGCAGCAUUCUGCUACUGUGUUGCACUGAGAGAUGGAAAUAUGAAGAAGAUUUUAGCACAUGAAAUUGCAUGCUACAAUAAAGCAACAACAAAUAA